GUGCGACGAGAGUCUUCUCUUCUCGAAAAAACUCCGAAUAAGAUCGGCGAUCUGAAAGAGAGACGAAAACAUAGAUUCUGUAAAAUUCAUUAAAACCUGGAAUAUAAAAUUCAAUAGCGGCGGGAUCGUGAUUUGAAAUUUGGAAUUUGAUAAAGCGAAUCGGCGAGGACGUUUAAUGGAAGGAGUAGGAGGUCGGUUAGGUAGGUCGUCGACUCGUUACGGAGGACCGGCGACGGUAUUCACGGGUCCGGUGAGGAAGUGGAAGAAGAAGUGGGUUCACGUCUCUCCCUCCUCCACCAAGAAACACAACGCCUCCUCCUCGGUCGUUAACGGUGGUGGUGGUUCGGCUUCCGAGGGAUCGCAUUUGCUGUUCUUUAAGUGGGCUCCAUUGUCUCAGGGCGGCAACGGGAACGAAGAUGGUAAAAGCGAGAGUGAUUCUCCCAGCGAAGAGCCUGUGACGACGGAGACGGCGGCGCCGGAGGAGGCAGAAGAACCUCCGCGGCGGAGAUUCAAAUACGUGCCGAUCGCACUACUUGAGGAGCAGAAGAAGGAAGCUACAGAAACUGAGGAAGACGACAAGGUUGAGGAGGAGGAUGACGCAACUGCAGCAGAGCCAAGCAAAGAGAAGGAGAUAGCACAAGUUGAGGAAAAACCUGACAUGAAUGAUCUUCCCAUGGAAGAUAAUCAGCAGGAGGAAGAAAAAGUAGUGCGACAAGAUCUCAACGAAAGCACUAAGGAUUUAGGACUCAACCUAAAUGCUAACGAUGAGGAUUCUGAAAACAAUCCUAAAGGAGGGGCCGAGCCAUUGGAAGAGUGAUUAAAAAAACUGGCGCCAUUGCGUAACUCAGGGUUUUAGCUUAUCAGACUUCUUAUUAACUUUCACUGUCGUCAUGAACAAGAGACAUAUACAGAGAGAAGAAAGCAUUUGUUAGGGAUGGUCUAUGUACGUCCAUGGCUUCUUCCUUUUCUUCUUUGAUGAUCAGACUCAUUGAUUCGGAAACUGAACAAUUCAAUUCACAGAGGAUUCUUGUCUUUUCAAUUUGAUUAAGGAUUCAGAAGGUUUUGAUUAUGAAUAUGGAUAGAACUUUUUUCGUUCA